CGAAUUAAAUAGUUAUUGCUUUAAAACCAAUCGAUCCUGAAAUAAAUAAUAUUAAUAAAUUAAUUUUAAAGUUGAUAGAUGCUGCGCUAUUUGCCAAAUACACUUAAAUUGUGUGCCCGUUCAACGUCCAUUCGAUUUGGAAGUACUGCAGCACAGGAAUUUGUAAAGGUCAAGAAUGUCGCAGGCGUACGUGAAAUAACAUUAAGCCAUCAACGCACACGGAACUCUCUUUCAAUGGACAUGAUGAAGGCGCUCCACGAAGUGUUACUCAAGGACCGCGAUAAUCUGGAACUGCGCUGUAUUGUGCUGUCGGCAGAGGGCUACGUCUGGUCGGCUGGGCACAAUUUGAAGGAGCUGCAUGCCAACGACUCCAAUCAUCGAAGUGAAGUUUUUCAAAAGCUAACCGAUAUUAUAUUGGACAUACAAAAGUUACCUGUGCCCGUGAUAGCUAAAGUCAAUGGACUGGCCGCUGCGGCGGGUUGUCAGCUGGUCGCCUCCUGUGACAUUAUCGUGGCCUCCGAGAAGAGCGCGUUCUCCACACCCGGCGCUGGCUUCGGCAUUUUCUGCAACACACCUGGUGUGGCUAUUGGACGCGUCAUGUCGCGUCCCAAGUCGGCCUGUAUGCUGAUGACUGGCCUGCCCAUUAGCAGCCAGGAGGCCUACGUAGCCGGUAUGGUCACCAAAGUAGUGCCCGAGAAGGACUUGGAUCAGACAAUUGAUGAAAUCACUUGCGCCAUUAAAAGUAAAAGUCGAGCAGUAAUUUGCCUGGGCAAGGAAUUCUACUACGAACAGCUAAAUAUGCCGCUCAAGGAGGCCUACAUAAGUGGCAAGAAGAAGAUGAUGGAAAAUCUCGAAUUGGCGGACUGCAAGGAGGGCAUUACCAGCUUCAUUGAAAAGCGAUCGCCGCAUUGGAAGCAUGAGAAGUGAACGAUAAUACGAAUCGAAUCAGGAGAAUGUCUGAUAUUUUUAAAGGAACUGACCAGUUGUGCAUUUAAAUUGUUAUGAAACAAAUAUUAUUAAACACUUGUUAAACAUUGCAGAUAUCA